UUUUGGAUUUCGAUCAGCCACUGUUUCUGAACUGCAAAACAAAAGUCAUGGUGAGAAUAAUAUGCAGCAGUGUUCUCAAAUUCUCAAAACCCAAGUUUUGGUGGGGGACGCAGAGUUCUUCAAGCCGUUGCUUCAGUUCACGAGCCCAGUCUCAUAAUCACAUCACAAAGAUGGUCACUUCGUCUCUUCAAAACGUCUCGACACGACACACUUGUCAAAACCGGAGCUUUCUUCUUCAAUGCAGAAGAGUUUCUUCCAAUGCUCAAAUGUCUCCGACGAUUGAGACAUUUGACGCUUUGUGUGAAGAAGGGAGAUGUAGAGAAGCCAUUGAAGUUGUUGAGAGAUUGGAGGAUGAGGGAUGUGUAGUGGAUUUGCCAAGGCUUUUAGGUUUAGCUAAACUAUGUGGUCAAGCAGAGGCUUUGGAAGAAGCUAGGGUUGUUCAUGACUGCAUCACUCCUUUAGAUGUUAGAUCUUACAACACGCUGAUCGAAAUGUAUUCUGGUUGUGGAUCCACUGAUGACGCUUUGAAUGUGUUCGACGAAAUGCCUGAGAGGGAUACAGAGACUUGGUGUGUUAUGAUGAGGUGCUUAGCCAAGAACGGAAAAGGUGAACAGGCAAUCGAUAUGUUUACAAGUUUCAAAGCAGAAGGGAACAUACCCGACAAGGAGAUAUUCAAAGCGGUCUUCUUUGUGUGUGUUUCAUUAGGAGACAUUAACGAGGGGUUAUUGCAUUUUGAGUCUAUGUACAGAGACUAUGGUAUCGUUCCUUCCAUGGAAGACUAUGUGAGCGUAACCGAGAUGUUGGCAGCUUGUGGUCAUUUGGAUGAGGCAUUAGAGUUUGUUGAAAGGAUGGCAGUGGAACCGAGCUUCGAAGUGUGUGAGACUCUGAUGAAUCUUGCUUGGGUUCAUGGAGAGUUAGACCUAGGAGAUAGGUUUGCAGAGUUAGCCAAGAAGUUAGAUGCCACAAGAAUGAAGAAAGAGUCAAAUGCAGGUCUUGUAGCAGCAAAAGCAUCAGACUCUGCAAAGGAGAAAAUAAAGGAAAUUCGACGUCGUUGGAUGAUAAGAGAAGAGAAAACACGCAUGCUUUCUUUUAAAGCAGGAGAUACUACUUCACAUCCACAGAGUGACAAAAUCGUUGCUGCAUUGAGGAGUUUAAAAGUGCAAAUGCUAGAUAUGGGUUUUGUCCCUGCCACAAAGGUUCUUUAUUGGGAAGCAUUGCUAGAAGAGGAAAAAGAGGAAAAACUUCUUUUUGGAAGCCACAAGCUCGCCGUUGCUUGCGGGAUCCUUAGCUCACCUGCUCGGAAAUCAUUCACUGUUAUGAAAAACCUGCGAACCUGUGUUGAUAGCCACAAUACACUUAAGAUGAUCUCAGAGAUCACCGGCAGAGAAAUCAUAGCGCGUGAUAAAUGUAGAUUCCACCAUUACAAAAACGGGGGCUGCUCCUGCCAAGAUUACUGGUAAGCUCUAUGGUUCUUCGAAUCCUAUCAUCGUCUUUUAGCAACUUUCUACAAUAUGACUAAAUGUUUUUCUUUCCUAGUUCACGAUGGUAUAUAUAUGUUAGUUGGAAAAUAAGUUCAAUUGUUAACGUUUCAAUCGAUCAGUACUAUGAAUACUCCACAAAAUGGUUUGUUAUUGUAACAUGGUGACUUUGCCAUUUUACUAAUUUUAUUUUCAGUUUGAGAA